CUAUAAUAAGACAGUAGCGAUGACUACACAUGUAGCUAGGAAUUAAUUAUAUCUGUUCCUGCCUGUCAGAUUUAGGGGUGGGUGGGGACAUCUGGAAAUCAGGAGAGAAACAGAGGAGAGAAAAAACUCCAGUCAGCCAGAUAUAUGAUAUAGUGUGAUUUGUUGAUGCGAGUUCGCUGUCUGUACGUGUGUGUGAGCUGUGUGUGGGAGAUGGGGCUCUCGUGCAGGCCUUCUGAGAAAGAAGUUGAAGUUGAUUUUUGGCACUCUCUUCUAGGUAAGAGACAUGAUAGGUGUCGGGAUUUAUUAAGGAAAGGAUUGUUUGCAAUGGUUUACUUUGUUGUGUCUUCACUGAGGUGCGUCAUGCAUUCAUGCACCUUAGCUGGUGUAUGUAUUUUUUUGGUUUGUAAAUUUGAAUCAAUUAAAAAUAGUUUUAUCAUGAAAAUUGAAAUGACAGUACAUGUAUUGCUAAAGGGCCCCCACAAUGGACAAAUACAAAAUAGCAUUAGCCUUGUUGUUAGAUGAUGUCUAUACAGUUUAAAGGUCAGUAAAUGGAAAUCUUAAGUCAACCAUGAUGUUUUCAGUAUAGUAACAUAUACACAGUCACACAUAAAUCAGGAUUUGUAGUCAUUGAUAUUUUAGCGAGAAAGAGGGAGGGGUGGCUUUGCUGUGGAAUUUUGGAGUAUAUUUUGGAAUCAGAAUUUUUGGAACAGUGUAAAAAUAUGUAAUACUUUAAGGACUCAUUAAGGGCCAUGGGUUUUGAAGAACUUUGGUCUGCUCCUCAAUGAGUUUUAAACAUUUUCCUGUUCUAGUUAAACAAUUACUUAACAUACAUAUCUAGUAUAGACAUUGUUUGUAUAUCGUAUCUUGUCACUGAGAGAGAGAGUGUGUAUAUGUGCUUGUGUUUGUCACUUGCGUCAACAAAUAUUUUGUCUACUAAGGUAAAAUUUAAAAACAUAAGGAAGUUUGAAGAAAAUGAUAUGGAGGACAGUAAGGAUAUAUGAAAUUGUUCUCUUUAAUAGAGGGAAUAUUUUGUGUGUUAGAUGAAAUUUAAGGAUUCGAUUUUAGUUUCAUAUAAUUACACUGAAAGGUAAUUUUAUUUUCUUGAAAGAUUAUCAAUAUGAGUAAUAUUAUAGUCUCUCAUCUGUAGCAAAAUCAUUUAGGGACAGAACAUGGAAUAGAUAUUGGACUGGAAAAUUAAUACGUUCAAUAAACAACAGCUCAUUACUUGGGUGUUGGGACGGUCGUACAGGCAGUUUGCCUCAUACGUUUGAAUAAUAAUUUUCUCUUGUGAUUUCGAAAGCUAUAGAUUGGAGUGUACAGUUUCCCUUGCAAUCAAGUCUGACUGUGCGAAGUCCAUUGAUUAUUGACAAUAUAACUACUGUCACCUCCAUAUUAGGAAGGCACAAUUCCAGCCUUGUAGUUGUAAAUCUAUCUACCGGUAGCACUAUAACCAGGCACAGGGCCUCCUUUCUGUGUGUAUGAGUCUUACUUCCUCCUUGAUUAGUUGUAACACUUUUUCAUAAAGUGUUUGUAUAAGAUGACAAUUUCUUGAUCAUCCCUCAUCAUAUGCUUGUCAUCGUCCUUCAUUGUCGACAGCUAUCUUGGAGCAGAUGUAUUUCAAUUAUAUUCCACCAGUCUACUAUUACAGCACAUCUGAACAGCUUCAUCAGAUGAUGACUGAAGAGUCAAACGGCGACACCGUCAUGGGUGACAAUGUACAUCUGAAGAUCUUAGUGCCCAGUAUUGCUGCAGGUGCCAUCAUCGGAAAAGGCGGGGAAACCAUUGCCCAAGUACAGAAGGAGGCUGGUGCCCGAGUCAAAAUGUCAAAAGCUAACGAUUUCUACCCAGGAACUACAGAACGGGUAUGCCUGAUCAUGGGAGCAGUAGAAGCCGUCAAAAGAGUCCACUGUUUCAUCAUGGAGAAAAUCCGAGAAAAGCCAGACCCCAACCCCAAACCCGAGGAAACGAAUAAAAACUUUGAGAGGCACCGACAGGUAAAAAUCCUCGUUCCAAACAGCACUGCUGGUAUGGUCAUUGGCAAGGGAGGUAACUACAUCAAACAAAUCAAAGAGGAAAGUGGAGCUUACAUUCAAAUCUCACAGAAGUCAAAAGAAACCAAUUUACCCGAGCGUUGUAUCACUGUAGCUGGUACGUUGAAUGGAGGGGAGGUAGACAACAACAGGAAAGCAGUAGAACUCAUUUUACAGAAAAUUGUAGAAGAUCCCCAGAGUGGAAGUUGUCCAAACAUUAGCUAUGCAGACUACACCGGACCUGUGGCCAGUGCUAACCCGACUGGAUCACCCUUUGCAAACAAUGCAUUCACACAGAAUCGCAGUCAAGAAAUGGUAGUGAACACUAACAAUUACCAAGCACAAGGUGCCACAGCGUACAGUAUAGGAUUUAACGGAAAUGUAUUGAAUAGCAGUUUAGGCAGUGGAAUGACAAAUUUGAAUAUAAAUGCUGCUUUGGGGGGCAAUCCAAAUGGAGCUUUCACUUCCGCUGGAUUAGAAAGUCUGAAAAUGACUCUUCGAAGCAGUGGCUAUUCUGAGCAGGCUACAGAGGAAAUCAGUGUAGCCAUGAACACUUUAGCUAAUUAUGGAAUUUUGAAUAUGAUAGCAUUGAACCAGAUCCCUGGUCUGACAAUGCAGAGCAUGCCAGCCCAGUCAGCCACAAUAGCUGGUAUGAAUCUGAACUCAUCCAUGGGAGCCACUCAAAUGAUCGCUGCCACCCCCACCACUUCUGCACAGACUGUGAAUAGUAACUCAUUUCUGAACACAAGUAACAACUCGACUACAGCAGGCAGUCUUUUUGGGCCUGUGGGCAGUGGCUCGUCUGGACUGGGUAGUUCCGGAUCCGGAGCCGGCUCCAGUUUAUUUGGUAGUUCUUCUCCGAGCAUGGGGCAGGAGAGGUACGGGGGCAGUCCUAUGCUGAAUGAUUCUUUUGGUGCUACAACAUACGCUAGCACUCCACAGGGAUUCCCUCAGAUGGAUAGAUCACCCAACAUCAGCUUGAAUUUGAAUCAGAACUCAUUUGGACUGGGGACUGGCAUGUACAGUCCAACAGAAGACAAACAGGGAACCCAAAAGCAAGAGCUAGAGGUGGCGGAGAGUAUAGUAGGAGCUAUACUAGGACCCGGAGGGAAAGGAAUUGUUGAGCUACAGCAGUUCACUCAAACCAACAUUCAGAUAUCGAAAAAAGGAGUAUAUGUGCCUGGAACACGAAACCGCAUCGUCACGGUGACUGGAACCCCCAAUAAUAUAAGUAAAGCCAGAUAUCUAAUCCAGCAAAGAAUUCAACAGGAAGAGAUCAAAAGGGCCCAGCAAGCUGCUCGCUAGGACCCAAAACUGGCUUUAAUUUACUUUCCAAAUAUUUAAAUUAUAUAUUUCUUUUUUUUUUUUUAUUUCAAUGAGUUUAUAUUUUAAUAUUAUUUCAAAAUGCACUGUACCCCUCAUCUUGAUAUAGGAAUAUUGUUUUUCACAAUGCAUACGAAGUCAUUACAGAUCUUCUUUCAGUGCAUGACCAUCUGAAGAUAAGUCAUAUUUCUUUGUUGUUUUGUUGUUUGUUUUUUGAGUUACGACAAGAGACUUGUAUCUAUAUACUACUCCUCAGAAAAGAAGGGGCUUUGUUGUUUUUUCUUUAUUUAUUCUGCAUGUGAUGAAGAUCAUUGUUUUAAAUCUUCAUUUUAUGUAAAUAUGUAUCAUUUUUCCAGCAUUAAGAUUCAUACUAUUUAAGAAACCUCAUCAAGUCAACCACUUUGCACCCAAAGAGUGGAUUGAAUGCAAGUGAACUCUUUUUAAACAGCGAUCAGAAGUUGAUGUUUUAUAUAGAAGGUUAAAUGAAAAGAGAGUCUGCCCUUCAUUGCAGAACCAGUUUGUGAGUCUGCACUUCAUUGCAGAACCAGUUUAUGAGUCUGCACUUCAUUGCAGAACCAGUUUAUGAGGAAGAGAAACACCCAUUUUAACCAAUCAUGUAACUAUUUCUUAAUAUUUUAAAGAUUUUGGUUUGAUGUAUUUUAUUCCUAGGUUUUUGUGUGCAUUAAUGAUGCUUAAAUAGCAAGGGUCUUCAACUGAACUAUCGCCUUUCUUAGAAAGGUUGGUCAUAAUUCAUUGAGUGUUGUGGAAGAACCCUUUUAUUUUUAUUUACAUUGGAUGGCAGUGACAAAUGCUGUGAAAUGAUUUGCCAAGCAUUCAGAAAUAAAAUGGAAUUUAUAUGAAAUCCAUCUAGAACAUAUCAAACUCCAUAACAACAGAACAUGCAUGAUUGGGCUUCGUUUUUCGUUCGAGAACAUUUUUGAUUAGUUUUCGAUGACCCGGAUUUAUUGUGAAGUAGAUACGUCCACUGAGGAUUGAGCGUCAAUGAUUUUCUUGAGAAUUCAAGAAUUAGAUGGCAGACUGGUGUAACAGUAUAGAUAGUGUGUAUAAAUAUAUUACCGUUAAAUUGUUUAAAUAUGUAGUCAUUUUAAUUGUUAUUAUUUAAGUGAGUUGUUAACAGUUGUAGUACAAUGCUGUUGUAUAAAAUCAUAUGCCUAUAUAUAUUGCAGUUGAGAUCUAAUUGCCAUGAUGUAAUCAUGCCACAAAGACUAAUUAAUAUAUUUACAUUACUCAUUAAUUAACUUAUUAGAAAGUGAGCCUGGGUGACCUGUCACUGAUUCCGAUUUUUUUUUUUUUUAUGGUCGACGACACUGAACUGUAGACACACCUCUUUCUGAUUGUGUUACACAUAUAUCUGCAUUACUAGUUUGUUUAUGUAUUGCAUAUUGGAAUAUUUAUAUCUAGGAUUUGUUAGUAAGUGUUUGAAGCAGUAGUGAUCUUUACCCAGAGCAGUGUGGAUGUGUGUCAUUUUAUUCCUCCUUUUAAAAUCCUCAAAUGGGUAUCAAGUGAUUUUUUUUUACCCAAUUAUAUCUUAAUGUUCAAGUGUGAAUCAGGCUAGAGUUAUAUAUAUAUAUAUAUGUAUAUAAUAUUUUUCUCUUGCUCUCUUUCGAUUCUGUUGUUGCCAAUUUUGCUUGUUUACAAAGCCACUUUCAGCCCAUGUUAAAAAAAAAUAUUUAUCGUCUUUCAGCAGUAAACACAUAUAGUUACACACCAUCAGGUUACUGACAUUUCGUGUAUCCUCUGGGUUCUUUGCAUUUUUUGAAUCACCCAUUUUGUCAUCCUUGGCAUUUAUCAUAUAGUUUCUUGUUAUUUGAUUAUGUGCCAGCUACGAUGUCUUUCAAACAGAUUUGAAAAAACCCAAACAGAAACAAUGCUUGACCUUUUGAAUAUACAAGUACUAUCAUGAUUAUAUAUUACUGUGUACGGGCUUUUCGUCAUUGUCUUCAUCAUGGUGGAAUGGUGUUUGGAAGCCAGCUCCUCGGUACAUGUUUCAUUUCAUCUCUUGUUUCUUAGUAGAUAUUACCAUUUCUCAAAAGAGUAGAAUAUUUGUUCAAGUGCAACUUCUGCUGUUGCUAGGCAUAUUUUUACACCUGUGGGGUUUCAUCCUUCAUAUCUUUAGAGGUCUACAUACAACAUGCAACACAAACUGGAUCACCAUAACUUCACGACAGAUGUACAAAAUUUCCAUACCAAGUUCUCAUUAUUUAUAUUUUUUUUUUGUUAAAAAGAUGAAAAACCUAGUCAAUUUUUACACACAAAAUGACACUGAGGAGGCAUAAUAAUACAUGUAUGUUUUUAACCCACACACAUAUCAGAGAGACCCAAAUCGUCACAUUUUUUGUAAAACAGAUACAAAAGAUCUCAGAAGCAUUCUCAUCCAACAUUUAAUCAGAAAUGUUUUUAUUUGUAUAUAGUGGAAUAUGUUCUCUGUGUCCCCCCCCCCCUUUUUUUUUUUAUUUUGCCCUUGCAAAUGUGCUGCUCUUUUGAUAAUGGGGUAGUAUUUACGGUUAACCUCCACAAAAAUUGGUGCAAACAUUCGUGAGGUAUCUUCAGACAUCACAAAAUUCUGCAGGACAGCAUUUAUCAUUUCCAAGAUAGAAGUUUUUUUUUUUUACUUUUUAAAUCAAAGUUUGUGUACAUUAAAUUGUUUUAUAAGUGAUUUAAUCUUCCAUUUCAUUUUGUCCACCUUUGAUUAAAUUGAAAUUUUAGAAAAGGGUCUUGAACAUUUCCAUUGAAGCUAUUCAGGCAGUAUUUCACAGACAGAUUUGUAAUAGUAUCAUUUGGAUUUAUAUAUUAUAUAUAUAUUGUAAAAAAUCUAGUCUACCUCUAAUAUGAGAUGGGUAAAGAUGUGAUAUGCAAAGAUUUAUAUAUUUUUUUAAUAGCUAUUUAUUACUCCUUUUUCCAGUUUAAUCAAGAUACAAGUUAUCCACUUUUUUUGCAAACUGUACCUUGCGAACUGGAUCCAAACAUCUUAUUCCUGAGUUUUUUUAUAAAUGGAUUAUAGCAAUACCAUACUGACUUAUAAAUGAGAUUGAAUUUCCAUGGAAACCAAUGAAGAAGGGAGAUAACACACUACCAGUUACACCCCCUUGUUUAUUUCAGAACAGGAUGUCAUUUUGUUACAUUAUUUAUUUUUCACACCAUGUUGUCACAUUGUAGUGAGCAAUUCAUUAUUUAAACCUUUUUAAGCUGUGAUAUUCCAAUAAGAUCAUUACACCACUUAUGUACAUAGUAUGUAGAAAAUCUUAGUUAGGUUUAAUUGCAAUGUCAUUAUUAUUUUUAUUUUUGAAUGGUAUGUGGGGAACUGUACUAUAUCUAAGUGAGGCUUUGUAAAAAGGUAAAUAACUUACCCAUGCAAAGGUAAUUUUACCUUCUUGAAGGUGAUUUUUUUUUACCUUCAUUAAGGUAAGUGUUAAUACCGAGUGUGAUUGGAGAAAAAGCAAGUGAGAACAUGUACAUUGUAUAGUGCUUGUGUUGCUAUGACUACGGAAAUUCCUGUUUGUAAAUAAAUACAUACACAUUAUAUAUUGAGAUAUAGAGAUAUUUUAUGUAUAUAUUAAUUAAGUCAGAUGGUAUUGCUGUAAUGUUUCGGCGAGGUGUGUAAGUCGGAGAAUAUUCUAAAAUGUAUAAAGCCAGUCUCGAAUGGAAACAUUGUACUACAAUAUGAAAGUUGAACCACACAUUUAAAAGGUUUUGUUAUCAAACUUUCUGUAUGGUGCACUCUUAUAAAUUUUACUGUAACUCUGUAUGAAUUUAAAUUUUUUUCUAAUACGUGUAUUUAAAAAAAAUUGUUCUGAACUAACUGGUUAUUUUUGUUGCUGGUGAAUGACGGGACAGAGUUUUUAUUUUGAAUAUUUUUGUUUGUUGGCCUACAGACCUGAUUGUUGUGUAUAGAUAUUGUUUGUUUUGGUUUAAUAUACCUCACACAAGGAUGAACUACUUCAAGAGGAGAGAGACGGUUAGGAAAUCGGUGAAAAACAGAGCAAAACUCCAGUAAAACGUUAAUGUUUUGUUAAAUAUUUUAUUUCUACUGUAAAGCAGAUUGUUGUAACUGUAGUAUGUAUGGUUUGUUAAAGGCUUUCAGUUAAAGGUAUAUAAUUUAUUGUAGUUUUUUUUUCUCUUUCUCCCUAAAAUAUGCACCGAUUAGAAGUCGUGUCAAGAACAAAUUGUCUAAAUUAUUUAGUGGCAUCAAUAUGCAUGUGCCAAAUAAAAAAAAUCUAAAACCAAACUUCUGCAUUUUUGUAUUAUUUUUUUUCUCAAUUCCAAGACGGGUUCUAUUCGAUUCCGUCUUGCUUUUAAGCAGUGAUGUACGAAAACUUUUAGUAUUAUUUUCUAUGUAUUCUUUGUAAAGUAUGAUUUAAACCUUUUGUGGUAUUUGCUAUAGUAUAUCAUGGACAUUUUACUGAAUUUAAAGAAAGAUGGUUUUUAGAAUGUGAAGUGCAGUGCACUAGAAUUCUAUGGGAAGAAUUUUUGACCAUUGAGAAAAUUUAUUGACAUAUUUCUAGAAGAAAAAGAGAUUAUUCAAUUUACCAAUAUCCUGAAUUUUUGAGGAACAUUACAUUACCUAUUAAGGGGUGAAGGACAGAAGUUUGGUUUUGAAAUUGAUAAUGCGGAAUGUAUAGAAAAGGCUUCUAAUCUGUAAUUAAAGGGAAGUAACCUAUGUCCUGUGCCGAGGAGAGCUGUGUUAUGAAAGCCUGUGUGUAAGAUUUUGUUCGUGGACUUAGAAAGCAAGGAAUGACUUUAUUGAAAUCUUCCAUUUAGUUGAAUGUACUGACAUGCUGUGAUAAUUUGAGGUGCAAUUUAUUUGUUUGAAAGGAAAAAGGUGAUUGAUUGUUUCAGAAUUUAAGCUCUUGAGAUUUCUAUGCUAAUUAGGACUUUUGAUUUCGAAAUUUUCCACAUUUUGAUUGAUAUUAAUGAUGCCUGCUAGCUAAGAUUCAUGUAUGAAGAUGAAUAAUGUUAGCUUCCUCAGAGAUUGAGCAAGUUGGCCAAACAAGAAAGAAUAUUUGGUUGAUUGACAAGUAUUUAAAAUAAGUCUAGUAACAGGAAUGGCAUGAUUUGUAUAGUAUAUUGGAAUGCGGUAUUAUAGCAAAUACCCUUAUAAUCAUCUUAAACAGAGUAAACAAAAUAAGACUUAUCGCAGAAUAAAGUAUGGGCUGAAAAUAUU